CAAAGAUUUUGUUUCCAAAAUCUCUCAAUUGAUAACUGAAUAGAUAUCCUCAAUCCACUAUAAAUACGUGUUCUCUCUCGUUCACUUCUCACAUCAAACAUUUAUCAAUCUUCUCUCUAUUGAUUAUCCUUUUUCAACGUUUUAAAGUUAGUGUUUUAACAAUGGAGUUGGAUCUUUCACCGAAGCUGCCCAAGAAGGUGUACGGAGGAGACGGUGGUUCGCACUUUGCAUGGUGCCCUGAAGAGUUGCCGAUGCUCAAACAUGGCAACAUUGGAGCCUCUAAGCUCGCUCUCGAGAAGUAUGGCCUUGCUCUUCCUCGCUACUCCGAUUCCUCCAAGGUCGCUUAUAUCCUUCAAGGAGCUGGAACAGCUGGAAUUGUUCUCCCAGAGAAAGAGGAGAAAGUGAUUGAAAUCAAGAAAGGAGACUCCAUAGCUUUACCUUUCGGUGUGGUGACAUGGUGGCUCAACAAUGAAGACACUGAGCUAGUCAUCCUCUUCCUCGGUGAGACUCACAAGGGUCACAAAGCAGGACAGUUCACUGACUUUUACCUAACCGGAUCAAACGGAAUCUUCACCGGAUUCUCAACCGAGUUUGUCGGCAGAGCAUGGGAUCUCGAUGAGUCCACAGUGAAGAAGCUUGUCGGUUCUCAAACCGGUAACGGGAUCGUGAAGGUCGAUGCGAGCUUGAAGAUGCCGUCACCAAAGAAAGGUGAUAGAGAUGGGUUUGUGUUGAACUGCUUGGAGGCUCCUCUUGAUGUUGAUAUCAAGAACGGAGGAAGAGUUGUUGUGUUGAACACAAAGAAUCUUCCUUUGGUUGGUGAAGUUGGGUUUGGUGCUGAUCUCGUGAGGAUCGAUGGACACUCCAUGUGUUCUCCUGGUUUCUCUUGUGACUCUGCUCUUCAGGUUACUUACAUUGUUGGUGGAAGUGGUCGUGUUCAGAUCGUUGGAGCUGAUGGGAAGAGAGUGCUUGAGACUCAUGUGAAAGCUGGAUAUUUGUUCAUUGUUCCUAGGUUCUUUGUUGUUUCCAAGAUUGCUGAUUCUGAUGGCUUGUCUUGGUUCUCCAUUGUCACCACUCCUGAUCCGAUAUUCACGCAUUUGGCGGGGAAGACAUCUGUGUGGAAGGCAUUGUCGCCGGAGGUUUUACAGGCGGCGUUUAAGGUGGCACCGGAGGUGGAGAAGGCUUUCCGAUCUAAGAGGACUUCUGAUGCCAUUUUCUUCCCUCCUUCCAACUAAAUAAUGAGAGGAAGAGAAGAGGAUUUAGUUUGGUUAAGCAAGUGUUCUUUUAGCUGCUUUUAUUUUUAAGUUUUUUUCUGUCUUUUAUGAUUUAUUGUGAUUCUCUUCUCGUUGCUACGAUUCUGAAUAAAUAAAAAAGGAUGAAAAGUUCUUUUAGUUUGGUUCCAGCCUCUGUUAUUGACGAUCUAGAUGUUGUGUUUAGUUAAGCUAAAUAACCUUGUUAAAUCACUUAUUUGAUCG